CAAUAUAAUGGACUGCUAGCUCGUCCACAACUUUUUACUACAUGCAUAUAUUUCGAAAAGCGCGCGUUAAUUAAUAGCACAACAAAUUGCCACCUUAAUUUGCUGAACAAGAAAAGGCCUCCCAUCAUCACGCAUGCAGUAAAUUUCAAUCUACUCCAAGAAAAACGCAUGAGGUGGCGGCCGUGUGGCCGUACCAAAUGAUGUCGUAAGAAACUCGUUCAUCACAGAGAAAGAAAAGCAUUCGAUCAAACCCCAUAUGCGUUUAUCACGAAGCCCAUCGUUGCGAAGCGGAGAAUAUCUGGAAGGAAUGCUGAGCAACUACAUGGGAGGAGUCACUAAUAAUAACAACUAUAAACCUCGACCGGCACAAAAGGCCACGUCAUCCGCUCGUCUGGUAACAAUACUAACAUGCCUUCAAUUCGCCUUCGCGAUCUACGCCACCUCCCUCCUCUACUUCAUGAGCCCCUCCAUCGACCUCCGCACCCGCCUCGCGCAGCAAUGGAAGCAGUUCACACUAAUGCCACCCCACAUUAUAACUCACUACCAAGAAGAAUAUUCCGAGAAGAAUAUUCCCUUGAUCCCGAUGAAUUCUUCACUAGUGUGCGAGCAGGAGAAGAUCGAUUUCGAGCAGAAGAAAUCAAACGACGCCGUUAUGAUCAAGCUGAAAACAGAUCUGUACAAAGAAAUACUCGAUUUUCAGAGCAACACCUUCGGCACGGAGACGCUCCCCGAAUUGAUGGCGAUGGAAUCAAAGUGGGACUCGCGCGUGGCCGCCACGACCCCGAAGGUCACGGUCAUACUAAACCAUUUCAAGCGCAAAACCCUAUGCGCCCAAAUCGAAACCCUACUCCACCAAACGCUGCCGUUUCACCACAUCUGGGUGCUCUCCUUCGGCAGCCCCAACGAACGGAACCUGAAAUCAAUCGUCGAGAGCUACAACGAUUCGAGGAUCAGCUUCAUCAGCUCGACCUACGAUUUCAAGUACUACGGCAGAUUCCAGGUGGCGUUGCAGACGGAGGCGGAUCUGGUUUACAUACUCGACGACGACAUGAUUCCGGGGACGAAGAUGCUGCAGACGCUGGCACACGUGGCGGGGACGGAGAAGUACGAGAAUUCCGUGCUGGGGAGUAUCGGGAGAAUACUCCCCUUCCGGCAGAAGGACUUCACUUUUCCGAGUUAUAGAAAGUUCCGGUCCAAGGAGGCCGGGCUUUAUUUGCCGGACCCGGCUUACGGGAUCACGAUCGACCGAGUUGUUCGGGUCGAUUUUCUUUCGAGCUCGUGGUUUUUGUCGGCGGAGUUGGUUAAGACUCUCUUCAUCGAAACGCCCUUCACUUUCAUGACCGGCGAAGACUUGCAUUUAAGCUAUCAGCUUCAAAAGUACAGAGACGCCGGUUCUUUCGUGUUGCCGGUGGACCCCACCGACAAAGAGACGUGGGGCGACAGUGAGCAUAGGCUUGCUUACGUUUCCGAAACGACCGUGAUCUUUAAAGACAUUGUCCAAGUGAGAGAUGAUCAGUGGUGGAGGGCGCUCUCCAACGGCUACAUUACGCAGUGGGCGGCGAUGUAUCCUCAAAAAAUCGACGCCCUUUUCUACGCACAUUCCGUCGAAGAAAUUACGGCCCUCGCUCCUCUUAUAGAAAAGAUCAGAACAACUCCGGGCAAGAAAGCGUACGUUGUCGUUUCGGGGGGUAAAUUUUGUCCAUGCGAAGAUGCGGUGAGGGCUUUGAAGUGGCCUAAAGCGGUGUGCAGGGAGAGAAGGUUCAAGAUUUUCGACCUCGGGAUCGGUUUGCUGUCGGAGAAGUCGAAAUCGGAGGUGCCCGUUUUGCAGGCGGUGUACGCUAGCAUGAGAGGGUUGAUCAAGAUCCACAACCCGAGCAUCGUGGUGGCGGUUUCCGAUAUCGACGGACACGUGAAGAAGGCUUUGAGAAUGGCCUCGGAAACGAACUCGAACGCUUCGGCGUUGGUGCUUUUGCCGAAAGCCAGUGUCCCGAAGGCUCUGUGGAUGGCCGAUCUUCGACCCACAGCGUUGCCUAAUUGGAACAAAAUGAGGCUUUCGGUGAGCAUCAUCACGCAGAAUCGGGCCUCGUCCCUCAGGAGGCUGCUAAAAUCCCUGAGCGACGCCUACUAUCUAGGCGACGAGGUUCCGAUCAUAUUCAACAUGGACAGCAAAGUGGACGAGGCCACUCUAAAGCUCGUGAACUCGUUCGAGUGGCCCCACGGCCCAAAAGUCCUCCGCAGACGGAUCAUCCAAGGCGGGCUUAUUCGGGCCGUCAGCGAAAGCUGGUACCCUUCCACGGACGACGAUUUCGGCCUACUACUCGAGGACGAUAUCGAAGUCUCCCCGUACUACUACUUAUGGGUCAAAUACGUCCUCUUAGCCUACCACUACGACCCUCAGGUUUCGUUACCCGAGCUCUCGUCGAUAUCUCUAUACACGCCGCGUUUGGUUGAAGUGGUGAAGGAGAGGCCGAAAUGGAACGCGACGGAGUAUUUUAAACAGAUACAUCCAAACACGCCUUAUCUACACCAGCUGCCGUGCAGUUGGGGCGCGGUGUUCUUCCCCAAGCAUUGGAGGGAGUUCUACGUGUACAUGAAUAUGCGGUUUACGGAGGAUGCGAAGCAGAACCCGGUUCAGAUUCCGAAAUCAAGAACCAACGGGUGGCAAGCUUCGUGGAAGAAGUUUCUGAUUGAUAUGAUGUAUCUGAGGGGGUACGUUAGCCUGUACCCGAAUUUUCCGGAGCAGGCUAGCUUCUCGACCAAUCAUAUGGAGCCGGGUGCGCACAUUAGCGCGAAGGAUAAUGUUGUGAAGCACGAUAAGACCGAUUUUGAGGUGCCGUUGUUGAAGAGGGAUUUUAGGGAUUUCUUGCCGAACGGGAAAUUGCCGCCGGCGUCGAAGCUGCCGUCGUUGAAUUUGUUCAAUCAGGCGUUGUCGCUGAAGGGGUUGAAAUCCGCCGGAGCGAAGCUGGGGCAGGAUGUGCUUCCGUGUAAUAACGCGACGGAGAUUGUGGCGGUGGAUCAUGAAACCGGGCUGCCUUCGCAUUGUGCGGCGUUUUGAUGAAUUUGAUUUUCGAAUUUAAAUUGGUAGAUUUUCCCGCUUUUUUUUUUUUUUUUUUGGUUGUCUGAAAAUGUAAAAAGAAAAUUGCAUGAGGACGUAAAAGAAUAAGUGGAGUUUAGAAUGGCCACUCUGCAAUUCAAUUGGAAUUCUCUCAUGAAAAAUGAUACCUCUACUCGGAUUUCGAGGUUUUGUAGAACUUAUACCUGG